AAUCGGAGCGGCGGAGGAAGGAGAAUGGGUGUCCGUGCAAUAUCUCAGGAGGCAUUCGACGAUCUCGUUAGGGAAAAUGUUGAAGAUCUUGGUAUGGAUCCCUCCGAAGCUCUCGAAGACGCUCUCUACACUCUCAAACUCCAAGGCGCCGAUCUCUCUGGGAUCAUUACUUGUGUUCCAGGAGAAAGUAGCAUUAAGGACAAUCCGGUGAUUGCUUGUUUAGAUAGACUUAAAGAAUUCGAUAGUGUUUCUAUUGACGGACCUCUUCGAGAUGAGGAUUUCGAUGAGAUAUCGAGUUUGUUCAACAAUCUCAAUGAGCUUUGUAGCAGCCAAGAAUCAGGGAACGCAGCUAUUGCGAUAAAACACGGUGCUGUGGAUUUAACUUGCUCGAUUUGUUCCAAAAUCAAGACAUCUACUAGAAGUAAUCGCGUUGUUGUUCCUUGUUUCAAGGCUUUGGCUGUGUUGAUCCGUGACAUUCAGAGCACAGAGAAAUUCAGGAAUUGUACUGGACCAAAUAUCGUUGUUGAUCUCUUACGUGGUUCCAGCUCUGAUUCUGAUUUGUUAGAUGCUGGUUUUGCGGUUGUUGCUGCUGCAUCAACUGGUAAUGAAGUCGUCAAGCAGUUAUUCAUGGAACUGAAAAUCGAUGAAUUUAUUCUGCAAGUGCUGAAUAGAGAGAGUAAAACUACCAUUAGAGCUCUGUACGAUGCUAUAUGUGCUCUUUUGACUCCAGAUGACUACCGUGUUGUUGCUUCCCAAGUUUAUGGUUAUGCACGAACUUUCGCCAAAUUAGGGAUUGCAACAGCCCUCACUGAAGCAUUACAGGCAGGAAUUGGCUCUGAUAGCUUGGUGUCAGCAAGUACUGCGUUAAAAGCAAUUGCUGUAAAUGAUGAAAUAUGUAAAUCUAUUGCUGAAACUGGUGGAAUAGAUACACUUCUUCGGUGUAUUGAUGAUAGCGGUGAGCAAGGCAACAAAACUGCUGCUAAGACAUGUUGUUCCCUGUUGUCUAAGUUGGCAGGAAGUGACUCUAACAAGAGUACCAUAGUUGAGAAGCGAGGUCUCGACAAGCUAAUCAUACUCGCACAACGAUUCUCUGACGAUCCUCUAGUCAUACAAGAGGUCAUGUUGAUAAUCUCUAUAAUCUGUCUGAGAUCACCAGACCACGCAGCCAAGGCUAUAGAAGCUGGAGCUGGUGAUCUAGCAGUCCAAGCUAUGAAGAGGUUCCCAGUAGCUGCUCAAAUGCAGAGAAACGCUUGCAACAUGAUACGGAACAUUGCUGUAAGAAAUGCAGAGAACAGAACUAUUCUGCUUGCUAAUGGAAUUGAGAAGCUGAUAAGGACUGCUAAGGCCAACAAUGAGACAUGCAGAGCCGCUGCAACUGAUGCACUGAGAGACCUUGGCCUUGAUAACUACAAUAACUAAGGUCCAUCUUUCUCCAUUGGUUGUUAUGCGCAAGAACCGGAAUGGAUCCAGUUUUUUCAAAUUUUUCAUGAACAGUUUGCAUUGAGUUCAUCUUUUGGGUAGAAAGCAUUCCGAUCUAGUAUUUUUUGCGACGAUAGGUUUUGUUCGAAUGCUUGAGCAUGAAGUAAAAUUGAAAGGAAAUU